AUGAGGACGAUGCGUCUGAUCCUUUGUGUCUUGUUUGCGCUCAACAUGGUCGAGAGAGCAGAAUGUGGAAUACCCAUCAUUGGAGGGCUCCUAAGCGCUCUCGCCAACCGCAAACAGCUGGACCCGGCUGUCAAGGCAGCCAUGGAGAAUGUGGAGAAGCAGUUCUCGGUCGACUCGGAGAAGCUUGUCAAGAUCAAGGACGAGAUGAUCCACCAAAUGAAGUCCGGGCUGCAGAAGAACGGCGACUCGCCCAUGCUAAUGCUGCCGACGCAUCUGCGAAAGCUACCCAGCGGAGGGGAGAAGGGCUCUUUCCUCGCUCUUGACUUGGGAGGAACCAAUUUUCGAGUACUGAAGGUCAAUCUGCAAGGACAGGGAAAGGUAGACGUGACGCAGUCGAAACACAGGAUCGCAGAGAAUAUGAUGUAUGCCCCCGGCAAAGAGCUGUUUUCCUUCUUCGCAGAGAAAGUCAAACAGAUGGUUCCUGAGGCCGUCGGCAAAGACUCUCCUCGCGUUCCUCUUGGCUUCACCUUCUCCUUCCCCGUCCAACAAACUGCCAUCAACGUCGGCAGGUGCACUGGCACCAACCUGUGCUUCAAGCAAUCUGUCGCCAAGGCUUCGAAGCUUUACGAGGCCCCUGCCUUCAGCUCCAGUCCAUCUGUCGUCACCUGGUUCUCAGCUCCCUAUGCUGGAAAGCACGAGGAGCAUAUCAUCAACACAGAGUGGGGAGGUUUCGAUUCCACCAUGAAGGUGCUUCCUCUCCUGGCCUAUGACGUCAUGCUCGACUCCAAGAGUGUGAAUCCGGGGGAGCAUCUGUACGAGAAGAUGAUCUCAGGGAUGUUCCUGGGUGAAGUCGUUCGUCUUGUGGCUUCAGAGCUCAUCGCCAAGGUGAUGUCAAAGUUGGAGGCCAACAACAACAUCAACAGCUGCAAGAAGAUUCUCCGAGACAUCGGUGUUGAGAAAGCUUCUGAUCAAGAUGUUCAAGUGUUGAAGAAGAUCUGCACUCUUGUCAGCUCUCGAGCUGCUCGUCUCACUGCUGCUGGGUUGGCUGCUGUAGCGGAGUACCUGGACAGGUGUUCGGACUGCCUGGUUGCUGUGGAUGGAACCCUGUUCCUCAAGUACCCGAAGCUUGAGGAGAGGAUUGAGAGCGCACUGAAGGAGCUGCUGGGCCCGAAGAUGGGUGUUCGCUUCCUCCCAGCCAGUGACGGCAGUGGCGUCGGGGCUGCGUUGGCUGCUGCUGCUGCGACGCAGGGGGCGUGA